AUUUAAAUGUAUAACCUUUAUAUCAAUCAGAAAUAACCUAUGUAUUGCUGUCAGAUUUGUCUGAUAUGAAUAUAUAAUGAGAACCGUUAACUGAUAUAAAACUGCAAUUGUAAAAUAAUCAAGCUUCAGUAGUUUAUGAUUGGAAAUGGUGCUGACCUCACGUGUGAUAUCCCGCAUCGCAAAUAGAGCAUUUUGUUACACCAGCUUGAGACAUGUUGCUAAUUCUAAUUCAGAUACGAAAGAAUUAAAUGCGGAUUUAAUGAAGGAUUGGAAAGUGGAGUUACACAACACUAUGAAAAUUUUGCCAAAUUUCAUCAGUGAGAAAGAGGAAGAGAUUUUAUUGCAAGAGAUUGAACCUUACAUGAAGCGGUUGCGUUACGAGUUUUCCCACUGGGACAAUGCGAUACAUGGUUACAGAGAAACAGAAUGGAGAAAGUGGAAUGAAGAUAAUUCAGAGAUUAUUGAUAGGGUUCGUAAAACAGCAUUCCCACGGGAUGUGGCACAGCUCUCGCUGGUGCAUAUAUUGGAUUUGUCAGCUAAGGGAUGGAUAAAGCCUCAUGUUGAUAGUAUCAGGUUUUGUGGAGGGAUUAUUGCAGGAUUAAGCUUAUUAAGUGACAGUGUAAUGAGACUGACAAUGGUGGAACAUGAGAAAGAGUGCUCAGAGUGCUUUCUACUUCCAAGGAGGUCACUGUAUAUCAUGAGUGGUGUUGCAAGGUACAAGUACAACCAUGAAAUUCUCAAAUCUGAGGAAUCAUAUUUUGAAGGACAACAUAUACCAAAGAAUAGACGUAUCUCUGUGAUAUGCAGAAGUGAACCUGAUCCUGAAAUUAGCUAGGAUUUGUUGUGCAAUUAAGAUACCUUACAUCCUAAAGAUAUCCCAUGUAAAUAUCAAAUAUUCAAUCAUAGCUAGCAAGAAUUAUUGCUAAUAAUAAAGAGCAUAUCUUCGAGAAUCAAGUAGCCAAGGUA